GCCCUCGUCCGUCCGGAGCCUUACGGGUUUCGGGAACUCUGAGGGCUGGGGGCUCAUUGUCGCUCUGGAUUGCGUGACUCAGUUUAAUCCCCGGUUUUGCGAGGAGAAGCUGGUGUGCGCACGGACGUGUGUUUCUCUAGGGUGUAUCCUGUGCCUUGCCUGAUUGGGAGCUCUGAGUCCAGUUCUGUUGUCUUCAGCUUAAUCAGACAAACACAAUGGAGGCUCCUCCAGUCACCAUGAUGCCCGUCACUGGGGGCACCAUUAACAUGAUGGAGUACCUACUGCAGGGGAGUGUCUUGGAUCACAGUUUGGAAAGCCUCAUCCACCGGCUUCGUGGUCUGUGUGACAACAUGGAACCUGAGACUUUCCUUGACCACGAGAUAGUGUUCCUCCUUAAGGGCCAGCAGGCCAGCCCAUUUGUCCUCAGGGCCCGGCGCUCUAUGGACAGGACGGGAGCACCCUGGCAUCUGCGCUACCUGGGACAGCCAGAAAUGGGAGACAAGAACCGCCAUGCACUGGUGCGAAACUGUGUGGACAUUGCCACGUCUGAGAACCUCACUGACUUCUUGAUGGAAAUGGGCUUCCGCAUGGACCAUGAGUUUGUCACCAAGGGACACCUGUUCCGUAAGGGCAUCAUGAAGAUCACGGUGUACAAGAUUUUCCGUAUCCUUGUGCCAGGAAACACAGACAGCACUGAGGCCUUGUCACUCUCCUAUCUGGUGGAAUUAAGUGUUGUUGCCCCAGCCGGGCAGGACAUGGUCUCUGAUGAUAUGAGGAACUUUGCUGAGCAGUUGAAACCUCUGGUUCACCUAGAGAAAAUAGACCCCAAAAGGCUCAUGUGACAUCUGGGUCUGUCCAUCUGUCCUCACCUAUUAGAAAAAAGAUGAUGUUGGUGUCCCAUUUCAUCGCUGCCAGGCAGGCAUUAUGCCUUCAGGAAGAAGGGUGGUGAGUUUGUAGUUGGUUCUGUGCAGGGUUUUCAUCAUGUGGUAGUUUCACUUUUGUGGUGGCCUUUUUUUUGUUCUUGUUGUUUGUUUUUUGUUUUUAUAUUGAGCGCCUGUGGCAUGCUCUUUUUUUUUUUUGUGGUGGCCUUUGUGUGUGCGUGUGUGUGUGUGCGCGCGUGUGUGCGGAUGUGCCCUACUGGAGACGAAAGGCAUGGCCUUCAUACUGAGCUACACACUCAGUAGUGUUUUG